AUGGCAGAGGGAGGGUGGAGAUUUAAAGAAAGGCAAAGAGGUGGUGAGACAAGAGUGGGUUGGAUGAGAUCAGCGCGCAAGGUCCCUGGAACUGGGGGGUGGGGAAGAGCAGGAGCAGGAAUGCACGGGACUGGAUUGGAUUGGGUCCGAGUUCCGGUUUCUGCGCCAGACACGGGGCCGACCGGGGGGACCCUGGGGAAGUCACGGGCAAACUGGACACAGCCCAUUUCCAAGAGACGAGCAAGUGAAGAGAAGAGACAGAUGCGACUUGCGGGAGUGGCAGCAAACAGUGGGGAUGACGGAUUCCCGAACGUGAGCCCGCUAACUCGCAUCCAUUUCCCAAGAAGAGCUACAAGCGAAUCAACCGAUCGGAAAGCAAACUUACUUGAUAGGGUCGAUAGACGUCGGCUGAAGAUUAAGCCUAGAUGGGAACAGAGCAGUAGAAAGGAAAUUACCAGAGUCCAAAGCCAAAACCAGCUGAGAAAAGAGACCACUAUCGUGCUGUUCCAGCCCGUGUGUGUGUGUCAAGUCAGAUCCAAUCCCAUGCCAUCCCAUCCGCCCAGUGCAGAAGCAGUUCGAGUCCGUCUGUGUCUGCCAGCCCGUUCGGGACACCAUGCAGCACGCGGCGUGAUUGGCCUUCCCCCCGGGGCCAUCCGCAGACAACCCUCCACUGAGCGUGGUUGUGCAAGAGGAAUGAGAUGCAUGGUCGGGAUGGUUGGUCACUGCUCUGACUCGGCACGUCCACCCGGCGCAGUGAACGAGGAUGGAGGUAUGUGCAGCCUAGACAGGGGGGGGGGGAGUGGGUGGGAGGAGGCACAUCAGGCAAGAGGGAAACGUGGGCUGGAUGUCCACCGGGACAAGCCAUUGACGAAUAGUAGUGGUAUACGGAGUAGUGGUGGUAGUGCUGAUGAUGGUGAUGAAACAAAGGUAGGUAAAUGGAGGGACAGGAAGACACAAGCCGGCAGGGAUGGAGGCUCGAGCGGUCGGGAUGUUCUCUGA